UCUGCCCCGUUGGAGGGUGAUUUCAGCAGGAAGGACAGACCGAGAGAAAAAACAGAAAACCCUCCCGGAGAGCCGCGCUGACAGCUCGAAACCGGAGAAACCCGGACAGGUCAACCGCGCAGCACGAUGUCUGUCAGUGAGGAUCUGCCGGAUAUGGACAGUGCGGAGCUGCUGGGGCUGCUGUUUCAGGAUAUCGACCCAGGACCCACCGACCUCCUCUUUGCUGAUGGAAACAACUUUAUUGAAGACCUGCUGUCUGAGCAGGACAUGCUGAGUGCGAUGGACACGGAGGAUUUCCUCAGCAGUCUGUUAGGUGAGGACGAUGACUGUAUGACCGCUCCGUGUGUUUCCCACUCUCCGCUGGGCAGCGACAGCGGGAUUUCGGACGAUGCAACGCCCCCCCACUGCCCGAGCCCCCACAGCGAGACGGACAUGGCCCCCAGCCCGGUCUCCAACGAACCGUCCCCGCCGGCCGAGUGCCUGACGGAGAGCUUUGAAGCCCAGGUGGUUCAGACUGACCACUGCUACUCCCUACAGCAGGACAUCUACACCCUGCAGACCGUCCGCACAGAAAAACCCGACUCGGACGUCUUCAUCGACCUCGACGAUAUGGAGGACAGCCUGAACGACGACCUGUCGGACGAACUGCCCUGUUCACUCGUCAUCGAGAACUCCGCACAGAGCAAACCAGACCAGCAGUUCCAGUUUAAGGAGAUCGUGCUCACGGAUGAAGAGAGGAGGCUGCUGGCGAAGGAGGGAGCCACCAUACCGUCCCACAUGCCUCUCACCAAGGCUGAGGAGAGAACUCUGAAGAGAGUGAGGAGAAAGAUCCGGAAUAAACAGUCCGCUCAGGAGAGCCGCAAGAAGAAGAAGGUCUACGUGGACGGCCUGGAGAACAGGGUUGCCGUCUGCACAGCUCAUAACCAGGAGCUCCAGAAAAAGGUUCAGAUGCUCCAGAAGCAGAACAUGUCUCUGAUUGAGCAGCUGAAGAAACUGCAGGCCAUGCUGAAGAUGUCCGCCAUGAAGACCACCACGACCAGCACCUGUGUGAUGGUGUUCCUUCUGUCUUUCUGUCUCAUCAUCUUCCCCUCCAUCAAUCCGUUCAGCAGUACCAGUCAGAAGGAUCUGUAUAUCACUUCAAAAGCUGGAAUAUCCCGGAACAUCCGCUCGUACCCCCUGAUGUCCGGGCCAGAGGAAGCGGUCAGCUCCACUAAAGAAACCGUGGAAGAGGAGCCCGUCCUGGUGAUCAAGGUGGAAAACGACCAGAUCCUGCUGACCGGCGGCCAGAACCAUACUCCAGAUUACCACCAGGUGGAGCAGUCCGACUCCGAGUCCGGCGUGAACAACAACUCGUCCUCCGAUUUCCCCGCCGCGCCGCAGUCUGACCUUCAGCCAGCGGGGGAGCUCUCAGAAACGCACAGGGACCCAGCGGCGCCCCCGGUGGUGUACGAUGGCCAGAGCAAAGCGAAGGAGGACUGGAUUGGACAGAAACCCACGUCAGUUAUCAUACAGCAGCAUCGCUCUGACGAAAUGUAGAUCAGAUGCACCGACACAUGAAGAAGGGACAGAUGUAAUAUCUUUAUUUAAUUUCGGGCUGUUUCUCACACGGGUCUAACCUGUGUACCUAGUUCUGGGACUAAAUUGCGACGCUGAUGGUGUCUCAUCAUUGAAAAGCAUAUUUGGUCUAGGCUUAAGCUAAAUCUGGGUUUAGGAAACCGGCCAUUGAUCUACUGUAAGAUAAAUGGGCUCCUUUCUUCUCUUCUUUCGUUCUCUCCAUUUCUCUCUCUUGUUUCUGCCCUUUCUUACACUGGAUUAUUUUUUGAAAGCACUUUCUUCACAUCCACUCGUUUUUUUAAACACGUCGUCCUGCACACGUUUAUCCUGGUGCCCAGGUUUUCUCUCCGGAAGCGCUGAAGAGAUUAAACAAGUUCUCGCUGUGUCCAUAAUUACUGUUACAGUGGGUGUCAUAAUGUGUAUAUAGAUGCAGUAAAACUGAGCCACUGCAGGGCAUUUGGCUACAUAGCUUCAUAUUUUGUCAUUUUUACCUUGUAGCAAGGUAUUCCACGCCCUCUCCAGGCUCCGCCCCCAGAUUGGAGCUCCGCCCCCAGAUCGGAUCUGUCAUAGCUACUGUUGUGAGGUUGGACGAGCUUCGCGGAACGCUGGUGCAAGAACCCCAAUCAGCCAAACGAGAAGCUGUCCACUCCUAAAGAUGUUUAUUUAAGGGCUCUUUAGUAAAGGAACGUUCAAUUUAGAACCGUUCCAUGCUUAAAGAGUUACGAAAUGACUCUUCAGAUUGAUGGAGUGUGUGUUGUUGCCAUGUCGAGCAUGUAGAAGAACCCUUUUUCCAUUUUUAAAAAGGUUCUGUAUAGAACCACCAUCUACAACACAUCGUCCAUCUAGCUAAAGAAGCACUUCACCAUGCAAAUAAACAUUAAAGCAUUCAAAUGGUUCUGUAUAGAACUCAUGGUUCUAAGGAGAACCCUUAUUAAAGAAUCCUUGAAGAACCGUCUUUUUUAAAGAGUGUAGUUAAGUACGUUUUCAAAAGGGUUCUAUGUGGAACCGUAUACAAACACGACUCAGUAUAUAUCACAGUACCUACAUUUAGGGCGAGUUAUUGAUUUCUAAUCAUUUCUAAUUUGUGUAAUUAGGAGUGAAGUUUGUCCAGCUUCACAACAGUAGCUAAGAGCGUGUUUGUGGGCGGAGCCUGGAGAGGAGAAUUAUCAUAUUUCUUUGUAUUCCCACUGAAGGAAAUGAACUGGAAGUUGAGGAUCAGUCAGGAUCGUUUAAGUCCCGUGACGCAUGUAGUGACCCAAAGGGGGGACAGAUUAGCUGAAUUUGAUGGACGUUUCUCUCUGUUUUCAUCCUGAAUUUCCUCUUUGAAACUUCGCUGCUGUAAAAUACGGCUUCAUGUGCUUUUAGGAGGCUGCUGAGCGAAAACUGCUAUAUCACUUCAUCGCUCAGCGUAAGUGGGUGGUCUGCACUGGCGGAGAGGCGUUGUAUUAUUAUGAAUGUUUUAUUUGAUCGUACUUCGUUGUUUUCUGAUGUUUAUCAGUGUUUGGCUGUACUUGUGCUCUUUUUUAUUUACCUGUUGAUCAUGUCGGAUCUGUAGAUCUUGCACUGAUGUAUGUGCAAGUGUAGGAAGUCUCGUACUUGUUACUGACAAAAGCUGAUUAAAAACAUGAUCCGUUCCUUUAUUAUAAA